CGCAGAUCGCCCGUUUAGCUGCGCAACUGUGACACUUUGUUGACUGUGGGGUGUCACGCGAUAGAACUGUGACACCGGGGUUUGUUGACUUCCAGUUCUCUCUUGGUAAAGUAGAGUUUUUAGGACGAGACAGGGUCGGUGGACGUUAUUUACAUUAAUGGAGAUAACCGGAGAGCACGGGGACGUGUUUCAGUGAUUAAAGGUUUGAGGAGUAAAUACUAAGGAAAACGCUCCCGCCCGACGUGAAGUUUGCUGAGAAUGGCUAACAGCAGGGAUGCCACUGAGAGCACCCCUCUUUUGGACUCCAAUAAUGGAGCCAGACAUUCGCCGCUGUCGGUUUUCAAGGGACGGAGACUGGCAUGCGCCGCCGUCCUGCUGGCCGAAUCAUUAGAACGGAUCGCGUUCUACGGCAUCACGUCCAACCUGGUGCUCUUCCUCAACACCAGUCCCUUUUACUGGGAGGGCACCCAGGCGAGCCAGGCGCCUCUCAUCUUCAUGGGGGUCACUUACCUGAUUUCACCGUUUGGAGGCUGGCUGGCCGAUGCCUACCUUGGGAAGUUCUGGACUAUUGUGUCAAGUUUGGUUCUGUAUUUUAUUGGAAUGCUGUUUUUCCCCGUCAUAUCCAACGAUGAAACCAGGAUAGACAUGUGCGGGGAGGAGAUGGCGUUCCCCGUUCAACCUGCUGAGUGUCUGAGCACAAACUUUACCCCGCCGAGCAAUGUGACCUGCCCCGUCCGGGCCCCGUAUUGUGGCUCGAUAAUCUAUACUGGGCUCUUUCUAGUCGCAUUAGGUGUGGGUUCUGUGAAGUCCAACAUCACUCCCUUUGGAGCAGAUCAGGUAAAAGACAGAGGACCAGAGGCCACGCGCAGAUUCUUCAACUGGUUCUACUGGUGCAUCAAUCUAGGAGCGAUCCUGUCUCUGGGGGGCGUGGCCUACAUUCAACAAAACAUCAGCUUCGUAAUUGGUUACAUCAUUCCGACGGUGUGCCUCGGGGUCUCCUUCCUGGUCUUCUUGCUGGGGCGAACCGUGUUCAUCAACAAGCCUGCUGACGGCAGCGCCUUCACGGACCUGUUCAAGAUCCUGUUCUUCGCCUGCUGCUCUAAAAAACCCAAGGAACCUAACCUGCUCCGUAACAAACCAACACUACUAGACACUGCCAAAGUGACCUAUGGAGGAAAAUUUCCUGAAGAGAAAGUGGAUGAAGUAAAAGCCCUGUUGAAAAUCCUCCCAGUUUUCUUCGCCCUCAUCCCCUACUGGACUGUGUACUUUCAGAUGCAGACUACGUACGUCCUGCAGGGCCUCCAUCUGAGGAUUCCUGAUGCUGCCUCAAACAGCACUGCUGACUCCCACCAGAUGAUGUUCCGUUUCCCAGCCGCCUGGCUCACCAUGUUUGAUGCGGUCCUCAUCCUCAUGCUGAUUCCCCUUAAGGAUAAAGUGGUGGACCCCGUCCUGAAACGUCGCGGCCUCCUCCCCUCCUCCCUCAAGAGGAUUGCAGUGGGAAUGUUCUUUGUGAUGUGGUCAGCUGUGGCAGCAGGUAUUUUGGAGACCAAGCGGCUGGAGAUUGUCAAAUCAAAUGGUACCAUUGACCAGGUGCUUGGCAACGUUAUCUACUACGCUGCAGAUUUGCCCAUAUGGUGGCAAGUGCCUCAGUAUGUGCUGAUAGGCAUCAGUGAAAUCUUCGCAAGCAUUGCAGGUCUGGAGUUUGCCUACUCUGCAGCCCCCAGGUCCAUGCAGAGUGCCAUCAUGGGACUCUUCUUCUUUUUUUCUGGGAUUGGGUCCUUCGUGGGCUACGGUUUGCUGGCUAUUGUCUCGCUCAAGGCCAUUGGCUGGAUGUCGUCCCACAAGGAUUUCGGCAAUAUCAACGACUGCUCCCUGCACUACUACUUCUUCCUCCUCGCCGGCAUCCAGGGCCUCACCUUGCUGGUCUUCCUUAUUGUCUCUUUUAAGUAUGACAAGCAGAAGAGCAGAGCGGGAAGCCAGAGGCAGAGACACGUCUCCUCUUGACCUCAGCGCCGGCGUCCAGGUUGCCUUCAUCAUACCUAUCAGUCACUGCCCAAAGACCCGGUCACAUAGGUGUUCACUAAUCAGAUUCUACCAUAUAAACUAUGGGUUUACCCGUGAUCCUGUCAUGGCUAUACAGUAUACGUCAUGUGUUUAUUCUAGAUUUUGGGUGGUUGUACUUGACCGUUUUAUGUAUUGGAUGUAUGGAUGCACAGGUACAGUACCACUCAAUGAACAGAGAAGAGAUGUUCUACUGUCCUUUUUACUCUCGUUGCCUUUCUUUGAUCAUUUGCACUCGACUUUAGUAGCGAUGCCAGAUUCUGGUGUUUGUUUUUAGACUCUUACUGUGCCACCCCUUGGUUUGACACUUGGUUUUCAAACUGACCGCUUCAACAAAGAUCUUUGAACCUUUGCAUCACAUGCACUGUGCCUGAAGACUCCAGCAACAUGUGAUCAUCUUGUUGCUCAAUGCAUUUAGAUACCAAAGGUGAUUUCAUGUCGGAGACAGAGAAGCGCUCGUUAAUCUACAUGAAGACGUUAAUAAUCUAAGAGGAGGGGUGAUCUCUCACACUUAUGUCCCACUGUCUGUGGCUGCAUAAUUCAAAUCUAUUUAAAUCCAUUCGAUAAACACGACCAUAAAUGAAUAAUCACAACUCCUUGUGUUAAAAAUACUCCACUUUCAUGAUGCAUAGUUGUAUUGUGAUUAAAAAGAGUUCUAUAAUUAAUACUUAAAACAUAACCUGUCAUCUCAUAAGAAUUUCACAGCAUUUGUUGUCUGAGACGAUUUUCUGUGUUAUCGCGGCUUUGCAGCUUUGCAAGGAACUCUUAAAAAAGAGGCUGCCUUUUUUUUUGUAUUUAUUACACUGUGAUGCAUUUAUUUUAGCUUUUCACUGUUCGGAAUAAUGCCAGUGUUUGGAAAUCUCAGAGUAAGUACAGCACACGGUACAGAAUUUUAUUAAGCAAGAAAACUCAGGGCUGUAGGAUUAGUGUUGAGUGACGCAACUCUGUGAGAAAUGCAAAACUGCCUUUGGGAGCUUGGAGCCGUGUUUACCCUGUGGUGGAAAUAAAGUUACUUGUCUGCACAAAACGCCACGAGCUGUCUCACCGAUAGCAUCCGAUGCCUGUUAGUGAUUUAACUGGCCGAACAAAUGGGUGUUUUACUGCAUAUUUUAUAUACUUGCCUCGUUGCCUCAGUCAUCUGACGGAGAUUUCUGAACUGUAUUGAGUUUUUAAAAUGCUACAGAACUGGAUACUUCUGGUGGUAAUAUUUGUGACCAUUAAAGUUGUGCACGUUACAAACUGA